AUGGCCGAGAAACCCUCAGUCCUCAUCAUUGGAGGGCUGGGCUACAUUGGUCGGUUCCUGGCCCGCUACAUCCACGAGAAUGACCUCGCAUCAGAGGUCCGCGUCGUCGACAAGGCACUGCCUCAACUCGCAUGGCUGGCUCCCGAGUUCCAGGACGCCUGCGCCGGCACCAAGUUCAUGCAGGCCGAUGCUAGCAGAGAACAAGCCCUAGCAAAGAUAUUUGACCGCCCGGAUGGCAAACAAUGGGACUAUGUCUUCAAUUGCGGCGGCGAGACGAGAUAUUCGCAGGAGGAUGAGGUUUACAAGCUGCGUUCUCUUGGCCUGUCGCUUGCCGUGGGCAAAGAAGCCGCCAAGCGCAAGGUCAAGGCCUUUGUCGAGCUCAGCACCGGCAUGGUCUACAAGUCCGACUCAUCCCCGAGCAAGGAGAGUGACAAGCUGAAGCCUUGGAGCAAGAUUGCGGUCUACAAGCUGCAGGCCGAGGAAGAGCUCGCAAAGAUUGAUGGGUUGAACCUCGUGAUCGUUCGGCUAGCACACGUAUACGGGCCUUAUGCGUCACAAUGGGUUGCAACGGCACUGUGCAUGGCCCGAGUUUACCAAUAUCUCGAGAGCGAAAUGAAGUGGCUGUGGGACAAGGGCCUCCGGCAAAACACGGUACACAUCCAAGAUGCUGUGCGAGCCCUCUGGGCGAUCACGACGUGGUACGACAACGGCAAGGACAAUUGGGACGUGAAGACUAUGGGCAAGGUGCCCACAUUCAAUGUCGUCGAUAAGGGCGUGACGACGCAGGGUACAAUGGCCGAGAUUAUUGGCGAGGUGUUUAAGAUCGAGACGGGAUUCCAGGGUCAGCUCAUCAGUACCUUUGCGCGUCUCAACAUGGACAGCGUCGUCGACGACGUCAACGACGAGCUCAUGGGUCCCUGGGCCGAGCUUCUCGAGAAGGCUGGCAUCGCGCGACCAGGGCCUCUCACGCCCUUCAUGGAGAAGGAGCUGUUGAAGGAUACCGACUUGAGUAUGGACGGCAGCCGCCUGGAGCAAGUCGUCGGCUUCCAGUACGAAAAGCCGAAAUUGACCAAGGAGCUGAUCGAAGAGGUGAUUGAGAGCUACAAGAAGAUGAACUGGUGGCCGUGA